CAGGAGUUUGGAGCGGCUGGCCCGAAGACGGAACACCGACAACGUUUUUUUUUUUUUUUUAAAAAGGAAAAAAAGAAAGAAACUAUCCCUCUUUUGACGCAUGGAUCUACUUUCUCCUCUGGAGGGAUUUGACGGAGUUGCGAUGGUUUGCGCUGCCGGGAACUGUGGAGACUUGUGCCGGAGAGAAAGGGCUCACGUACUCUACGCUGCAAAGUUGUAAAAGUAGUUUCCCCCCCCCUUGAAGUUUUUCUUUUUCCGCCGCCAGUUCAGACUCUCCAGCCUGUUAGACGCACAGCCAUCAUGGCGAGGCGGACAGGGGAGACACCUCUGCUUUUGCCGCCGAUUACGCGCCCUGCUUUCCGGGAUAAACACCAUCGGUUUCACGGGGGCUUGAUGGCUUUUUCCUGGAGCUUCAUCUUAAUCUGCUGGGCUCUUUCUUGUGGAUAUUGCGGAGCCGAGUCGGAGUUUUCCAUACUGGAGGAAGCGCAAGUUUUGGCCGAUCAGAUGAAGAAGCUGUCCUCUCAGGAGCUGGGAGUCUUUACUAUGCAGAGGAUUUUCAACUCGUUUGUGUACACCGAGAAGACAUCAAACGGAGAGACAGAAGUGCAGCAGCUGGCCAAAAAGAUUCGCGAGAAGUUUAACCGCUACCUGGAUGUGGUGAACAGGAACAAACAGGUGGUUGAGGCCUCAUACACCGCUCACCUCACCUCUCCACUCACUGCGAUACAGGACUGCUGCUCCAUACCUGCAUCUAUGAUGGAGUUUGAUGGAAACUUCAAUACCAAUGUCUCCAAGACCAUCUGCUGUGACAGACUCUCCCCCACUGUCAAUAGCCGAGCUUUCAACCCUGGACGGGACCUCAACUCAGUGUUGGCAGACAACCUGAAGUCCAACCCGGGGAUAAAGUGGCAGUACUUCAGCUCAGAGGAGGGCAUCUUCACAGUCUUCCCUGCCCACAAGUUCCAGUGCAAGGGAAGUUAUGAGCACCGCAGCAGGCCAGUGUAUGUGUCUGCGGUUCGUCCCCAGUCUAAACACAUCGUGGUGAUGGUGGACCACGGAGCGUCUGUAACCGACACCCAGCUUCAGAUCGCCAGGGACUCAGCACUGGUCAUCCUCAACGCCAUAGAUGAACAUGACAAGAUCUCCAUUCUGUCAGUGGCAGAGACGGUUCGCUCCUGUUCUCUGGACCAGUGCUAUAAGAGUCUGCUCUCUCCAGCCACGAGUGAGACCAAGAGGAAGAUGAGCACCUUUAUCUCCAACAUCAAGGCCUCUGAUUUAGCCACACAGCACGCAGCGGGCUUCCAGAAGGCCUUCCAGCUGCUCCGAAACACCAGCAGUCUCUGCAAACAGAGCACCACCACAGACAUGGUGAUCAUCUACCUGUCGUCUGGUAUCACAUCUCGAGAGUCGUCUGAGCAAGAGAAGAGAGCGACCCUCAGCGUGGUCAGAGAGGAGAACCGACACCUGAACAACUCAGUCAUGAUCCUCACCUACGCUCUCAUGAAUGAGGGAGUAACGGGCCUGAAGGAGCUGGCCUUCUUGAGGGAUCUUGCAGAGCAGAAUUCGGUGAAAUACGGUGUCGACCGAAUGUCGGACCGGGACCGCUCCUCUGUGGUGUCCUCGUCUGGAGCAGCAGGCUCUUCCAUGAUGCCGGUGGUGAAGGGAAGCAUGAUGGUACUAAACCAGCUGAGCAACCUGGAGACAACAGUGGGCCGCUUCUACAUCAAUCUGCCCAAUCGCAUGAUUGACCUGGCCCGCUUCAGCCUGCCUUACUCUGACCCCAUGGGAGAUGGUUUUAUUAUGACGGUGAGCCGGCCGUGUUAUUUUGGUAACCUGCUCUUGGGCGUGGUCGGGGUCGAUGUGAACCUGGCGUACAUCUUAGAGGAUGUCACCUACUACCAAGACUCACUGGCUUCAUACACAUUCCUCAUUGACAACAAAGGUUACACCCUGAUGCAUCCAUCCCUGACACGGCCCUACCUGAUGACAGAGCCUCCCCUGCACACUGACAUCAUUCACUACGAGAAUAUCCCAGGAUUCCCUGCUGUCCGACAGAACAUCCUCGGCCUCCCUCUGGGCAGUCAGAUCAUUGCUGUGCCGGUCAACUCCUCUCUGUCCUGGCACGCCAACCGACUCAGAGACAACAGCAAAGACGCAUACAACGUCAGCUAUGCCUGGAAACUGGUCCAGGACACAUCAUUCAUCCUGUGCAUCGUGUAUGUGCAGCCGGAGAUCCCAGUGAAGCACCUGAAGAACCUGAACACCGCUCCCAGCUCCAAGCUACUGUACCACCGUUUAGACCUGCUGGGUCAGCCCAGCUCCUGUUUGCACUUCAAACAGCUUGCCACAGUUGAGUCCCCCACAGUGAUGUUGGCAGCUGGUAGUUUCUCCUCUCCCUAUGAGCACCUCAGUCAGCCAGAAACAAAGCGCAUGGUGGAGCACUACACCGCCUACCUGAGUGAUAACACCAGGCUCAUAGCCAACCCAGGCCUCAAGUCCUCUGUCAGGAACGAGGUUAUGGCGACCAGUCACGUCACGGAUGAGUGGAUGACACUAAUGGAAAUGAGUAGCCUCAACUGCUACAUUGUGCGCCGUUACAUAGCAACGCCUAGUGGGGUGCUCCGGAUUUACCCAGGAUCACUGAUGGACAAAGCCUUCGACCCGACCCGCAGACAAUGGUACCAGCAUGCUGUGGCCAACCCUGGCCUCAUCACCUUCACAGGACCAUACCUGGAUGUGGGUGGGGCGGGCUACGUUGUCACCAUCAGUCACACCAUCCAUGCUUCCAGCUCUCAGAUGGCCCCUGGUUAUGCCAUUGCAGUGAUGGGCAUAGACUUCACCCUACGCUACUUCUAUAAGGUACUGCUGGACCUGCUGCCCAUCUGCAACCAGGACAAGGGCAACAAGAUCAGGUGCUUCAUAAUGGAGGACAGAGGGUACCUGGUCGCUCACCCCACUCUCAUCGACCCCAAAGGUCAUGCCCCUGCAGAGCAACAACACAUCACACACAAGGAGCCGUUGGUGGCUAAUGACAUCUUGAACCAUCCCAACUUUGUCAAGAAAAACCUUUGUAACAGCUUCAGUGAUCGCACCGUGCAGCGCUUCUACAAGUUCAAUACCAGCAUAAUGGGGGACCUAACCAACCUGGUCCAUGGUAGCCAUUGUUCUAAGUACCGUCUGACCCGGAUCCCUGGCACCAACGCCUUUGCUGGUAUCGUCAACGAGACAUGUGACUCUCUGGCGUUCUGCGCCUGCAGCACUGUGGACCGACUCUGUCUCAACUGCCACAGAAUGGAACAGAACGAAUGUGAGUGUCCAUGUGAGUGCCCCCUGGAGGUCAAUGAGUGUACUGGAAACCUCACCAAUGCUGAAAACAGGAACCCUAGCUGUGAGGUGCAUCAGGAGCCAGUCAGUCUGAAUGUGAUUGAUCCCACUCUGCAUGACACCCUGCCCCAGUGUAUCAACACUCGCUGUAGCCAGAGAUACACCAGCAGUGACUGUUUUGGCGUAUUGGACUGUGAGUGGUGCAUGGUGGACAGCGACGGUAAGACUCAUCUCGACAAGCCAUACUGUGCUCUGCAGAAGGAGUGUUUCGGGGGCAUCGUUGGUGCCAAGAGCCCUUAUGCGGACGGCCUGGGACUCUUAGAUGAGGAGGUGGCAUCUCUGAACAUGAUCAAGAGCGCCCCUGUGGGUCCAGUCGCCGGGGGCAUUAUGGGAUGCAUCAUGGUGUUGGUGCUGGCUGUGUAUGCAUACAGACACCAGAUCCACAGGCGUUCGCACCAGCACAUGUCACCACUGGCAGCACAGGAAAUGUCAGUGAGAAUGUCCAACCUGGACAACGAAAGAGAUGAGAGGGAUGAAGACAGCCAUGAGGACAGAGGAAUCAUCAGUAAUACUCGAUUCAUUGCUGCGGUGAUAGAGCGGCACACUCACACUCCUGAGCGGAGACGGAGGUACUGGGGACGAUCUGGGACAGAGAGUGACCAUGGCUACAGCACCAUGAGUCCGCAGGAGGACAGCGAGAAUCCACCAGGAAACAACGAUCCGCUCUCGGCCGGUGUCGACGUCGGCAACCACGACGACGACCUCGACCUGGACACGCCUCCUCAGACGGCCGCGUUGCUCAGCCACAAGUUUCACCCUUACCGGCACACGCAUACACACCACCACCCGCUGCACACGCACCACCUGCAGGCCGCGGUCACCGUGCACAGUGUGGACGCAGAGUGCUGAUCUUCAGCUAGGGAUGGAACUGUUUUUUUUUUUUUAUUGAAUACUAUUUUUAAAAACAUUCGUGCUUAAUUAGACAGCACACAGUAGGUACUGUCAGGAUGGACGGCGGGAGAAAAGAAGCCACAGCUGGACCCCAAUCCUAGAGUGUCACUGGGCAGCUGUGACCUCCGCUAUGAAUGGAUGUUCAGCUUAAUAUGGGUAUUAGCCUCAUGGUCUCAUUGUGCCAACAUCUCCAUCUCAACACUUUUCUUCAAACCCUGUCCAAAAUCUGGCCAGUGUACACAGUUAUACACACCAGACCUGGGCCAGUAAAAAUAACCAAGUGGGAUUUUCUUGGUUGUUUUCCGAAGGAAUUUGGCAUUCAGGACUCUGUAAGAGCAUACAACAACCUUUUGGGAGCAGAAAAAAACCCUGCUUGAGCCAUAAUCAAUGGCCUUCCUUGAGGAAAAGACACAACUGGAACCUUAAAAGCCUUGAGGGGAGGACAAAUGCCUCAUUUCCAUGUGGAAGGCCAGAGCAAACACUUCACAGGACUGGAGGAUAAUCAAAUUAACAUGAAAUCUAGAUGCUGAAAGGGAUCCACCUUUUUGCCCCAGGGCUCCAUGCCAGCCUCCACACAGGUUGUUUCCCCACUAACCCUACUUGCGGUGACAGUCAGGAGGGGAACAGAGCACUCCUUACAUCUCAUAGAGUGAAAAUACUGUAUUUCCACACAAAGUGGGAUUUAACGUGGGAUUCUGUUACAGCUUUACUCUCCUUGAUUGUGCAGAUAGACGCUCACCAGUUUGGUUUUCUCUGAAAGUCGCUGCCUUUACCCACAGGAGUAGUUGCUGGCAUUGCGUACCAUGGUUUGGGAAGAUAUUUAGACAUUGUCACGAGUGUCUGUGAACUUAAAAGUACAAAACAAAAUCUUCAAUGAUUCUCAUAAAUAUAGGAAGAAACACUUUAAAGAAGAAAAGAUUAUUUUUCUACUAUUUAUUAAAGAGGUAGAUUUUCAGAUGAGCGAGCAGCUGUUGCUAACAAAAACAAGAAAGUAGCUAAGAUAAGCGAUACGUACUGACCCACUUCCUGUAAUCAGUGCAUCAUAUUUAGGGUUUAUUGUUUCCCUAAAAUCUGUGACUGGUUUUUGUUUAUUUUUCAUUUUAAGAAUAUCAUAACAGUGAGGGUGCAUCAUGUGCAGCCCAUUUGGAUUUUCUUUCUAUUUUUCUCUAUAUUUUCUUCUACCAGAAGCAUAUUCUGAGCUCUCCUAUCCAUCGUUCUUUUACUAUAUAGUGUGGUGAACAGUGUCUUCUUCAAGCAGGAAACUUUUUUUGGAUGAGCAGGGACCUAAAAGUCCAAAUCAUAUCUGCUCCUUUCAAAAAAAUAAAAAAAUAAAAUCCAGGUAUUUUUCAGUAAAUAUCGGUUAAAAAAAAAAAAAAAGCGAAAAAACAAUGAGCCUUAAUCACAUCCUGUGUCAGAGCAGUUAGGAGGAAGUGGUCUUUGACAUAGAGCACAUUCUUUCUUUCUGUAUUCAUAGUUCUGAAUCACUGAGGUCUUUUGUGUUCUUGUAAAGUAAGGCUUGCUGUGCAGAACAUCCUCAUUCUGGACAUGGAGGCAGCCUCCUGAGGAUGAGGAGGAGGGAAGAGAGAGACUAACACCAGCAGAACAUUCCUGGCUUUAGUCACUGCUAGGGAUUUUGGCGUGUGAGGAUAAUUGGGGACCCUCUCCCCCUGGGAGAUUAACAGAGACUGAGUGCUGUCUGACCCCAAUUCUACCACAACUUUUUUGCCUCCGAGGCCAAGCUUACGAUUCUGUAUGUAUGUUAAGGUUUGUGUGCUGGAUUUGACGCAAAACAAGCUGAAUGUCCAGUGAUGCCCCAAGAUGGAGUCUCCUUCUCAUCAGAAGAGAGUGAACGAGGGGAGAGAUGCUGCUGUUAUUGUACAGAGGUUACACCCAUCUGUCGGCUCCUCUGUGGUUAACCACUCAAAAUGUCUUUUCUACAAAAUGUCGCUGGUGUGUGUGUGUGUGUGUGUGUGUGUGUGUGUGUGUGUGUGUGUGUGUGUGUGUGUGUGUGUGUGUGUGUGUGUGUGUGUGUGUGUGUGUGUGUGUGUGUGUGUGUGUGUGUGUGUGUGUGUGUGUGUGUGUGAGACAGAGAGAGAGAAAGAGAGAGUGUGAAGAAAGAAUGAUUAUCCACCUGGAACAUUUUCAUUGAAUGCAUUAUUGUAUUUUUUUUUUUUUUCAAGAUAGUAUUAGAGAAUUAUAGGUGAAAUUAUUAUGAUUGAGAAAUCCACUUAUUUUUAUUCUGAUGAAGAGUCACCUGACCCGAUCUGUGCUUUGUGGAUUUGGAAAAAUUGUUUUUCAGAGAUUCAUUAUGAAGUGUAAAUACAGAAUCACAAAUAGCUAUUAAUGUCCUGUACACUCCAUAUUUUUUUAUGUUGGUAAGACAUGAUGUAUGCUUCAAAUGAUGCUCAGAUAUUCGGGUUGAUAUUUUGAAUUGUCUGUUCAUGGUGUCUCGCUAUAUUUCUGAUGCCUUGGAUGUGUUUUUAUUUUUAUUUUUUAGAUUCAUUUUUCUUUAGGUCCAUAUUGGAUGAAAGUCAGUACUUGGGGAAAAUUAAUACACACUUUCUACGUUUGAGAGACUUGUAGUUUAUAAAGUUUUAUCAUGUGUCUUCAGAAUGUUACAUCUCUCCAUGAACUAAUUUAGAUUUUAAAAAAACAAAACGGUACUACGUCUUUUCAGUGAGUAAUGACCAAAACAACAAACUUGCAGUGGAUUCAGGGUUUGCAGUAGGCUGCUGUAAGCCGUGCUAUGUUGCUACUUUAAAGACCGUCAGCCAUCUUCAUUUCACUGUUAUUUCAGAGUGUCACUUUAGUAGAAUAUUUACAUUUGCACACCCAACGUGAGCUCAUUAACCUUCAUGAUGCUAAAAGGGCUAAAUAAUAUGAGACCUCUGAUGGAGCACAGAGAUUAAAACAUACAUAUUAUCUUAGUACCCACUCAAGACGUGGUUAAGCCAUCAGACUAUUUACUGCUGCAAGAUUUAUUUACCUGCAGUCUUGUGUAACACAAACAAAAAUUAGAAUAAAAAAAAAUUGUCCCUUUUCCCCCGCUCACAUGGUACAUCAUUUCUGUUCAGUUUGACAUCAAAGCAGUCUUGUAGCAUUUCAGGGCAAAUCUUUUUGGAUCAAAUGCAGUCUUGCGAGUAUAUUUCUGUGUGUGUGUGUGUGUCUGUGUCUGUGUGUGUCUGUGUCUGUGUGUGUGUGUAUGUGUUGGGACACUUUUUUUUUUUUUCCCUCCAAGUUGAGUUUGUUGUUAAAAGCAUUUUUCUUCUGGAGAACUUUUAAACAGUAUUUACCAGCUGUUGUAAACAAGUAUAUGUGUGUGUGUAUACAGAACACUCUGAAUCACAUUAAUUAAUGUACUGAAGGAACAUGUGUACAUCACUCCCCUCAUGUAUCAUAUAAAGUUAUCAAAUUGAGAUUUAUUGCAAUGUGAAUGUGAUAAAGUCCAUUUUACACUUAAA